AUGAAAAACUUUAUUUUCCAUGGCUUUAGAUUUUUUAAUCGAUCAUCAAGUGUGACUUCUGCCAAAAGGGUGUUUUAUUUUGGACUGUUUCCACGAAGUUUACACUCGGAUGUUGUACCACGUGCCAUUUAUCCGUAUCAGAUCAGUUCUCACCGGCUUCUCACUACCGUUCGUGGGUCCAAUGACAGUUCUUUUUCAGAUGAAAUUAACAGCAACCUUAUGAACGCUAUAAAGUGCAAUGAUAUAAAGAAAACACUUGAGCUGUUUGAUGAGGCAAAAAGAGAAGCUGUAAUCCCCAAAGCACAAGCAUUCACCAAAGCCUUGUAUUUAAUGCUUCUCAAUAAUCAACAUGAUGAGUUGGACAAUCUUUAUCAAGACAUGUGUAACUAUGGAUAUCUUACAGAAGAAGGCGCAAAGAUGACAGUCAUUCGUUCAUAUGUGUCACGCAGAAUGUUCAAAAUUGCAUUAAGGAUGCUUGACAACAUGGAAACAAAUAUACACUUAAAACACACUCGUUCUUAUAAUCCUGUUAUCAAAGGUCUUGCAGAAAAUGGACUUACACAUGAAGCUUUUCAGCUAUUUCAUAGAAAGUUAAAGAUGUCACACUGUGUUUCCAAGGGAAGUGAAAACGUUACAAAUGAUGUAGAAAUGUUUAUUGCAAUGAUUAAGUCGUGUCACACUGUCGACAGCUUACAAAUACCCAUAUAUGGUAACAUAAACAAUCAAGGUUUUACCAAGUCAAGCACAAGGUCAGUGAUAACUGAUGAUGAGAAGCAGACAAUUAAGAGCAAACACUUAUUGGUGUACCAAUUGUUUCAAUUCAUAUAUGAAUUUGGAAUUAAAUUCACACCAAAACUCAUCAAGGCCUGCAAAGAAUGGUCGUUACAUGAUGAAAGUCAUACAUGGACAUGGAGAUACUGCAGUGUUAAUAGUGCCGGAAAGUGUACAUCCUGUGGCACCACAAUCCGUGAAAAUCUGCCAGGGAACUACUUUAAAAACUUAGAAAAUGAACUAAUAAGCUUGUUUUCUGGUGAAACUAACAGCUUUCAUCUUAGUCCUAACAAGAUGCAGGAUUUAAGUUAUGUUAAUAUGUUGUGCAAGGAAAAUGGUCCUUUUGAUGUAAUUAUUGAUGCACAAAACAUUGGUCUUGAUGGAAAAAGAAAAGGAGAGUCUUCUUCAUAUUCAACAGAAAUAUAUGAGAAGAGGAUGGUUAAAGUGGUGGAACAUUUCUCAAAACUAGACAAAAAGAUUUUUCUCCCAUUACACAUUAAAGCAGUAGAGAACGACAUCUCUGGAAAUUUGCUAACAUUCCUGAGAAAUCACUGUGAAGUACAGGCUCUCAAGAGUAAUAUUAAUGAAGACCUAGUGCUUUUGUAUGCAGCAUCACUCAGUGGAUUAGACAAGACUUGUAUUGUUACCAAUGAUAACCUGAGAGACCACAGUGCUUUGAUUUCACAAGACAACCAUUGGAAACUUCUUAAAUGGACAAGACUAAAUCACAUCACAUUUAAACUCUCACACAAGAACAAGUUAAAAUUUCAUAAGAAUCUAUUUGACCCAGUGAUUCAAAAAACUGAGUCUUCUUUGCACUUUCCUAUGCACAAUGGCACCUGGCAGUGUGCCCAUUUACAAAGCAAAUAACUAUACUAAUUUGUAUUGUAUGAGGUUAUUAAUUCAGUUCUUUGUUAAUCUAGGUAAGGAAUUCAGUAAACAAUGACAAAUUUUUCAGGUUAAAUAUAAUGAGUUAAAUGCUAUUGAGUGGCUUGUUUUUUUCAUGAUUGUCACACAGUAUAGUAACCACACUUUUCUUCAUUUUUUGACAUCAUACAGUGACUAUCUUGAUGCUAAUUAGCACACUGGCCUCUGGAAGUGCUCAUGCCUGCAUAUAACAUCUGGGUACAAGAUAGGCUGGCUGCCACUGACACGCAAAAUACACUCUAUGUUUGACUUAAUUAAUACUAAGAUUUCUGCAUCUAAAAAUGGGAACUAUUGUUUAUAUUUUUGCGUAAAUGUGUGUUGUCAUUAAAUCACAAAUGUUUUUUUUUUUCAGAAAUAUUACAAAAAAGUUGUAAAGAAUCACAGGAAAAUGCCAGUAUCAUCACAAUGUCCUGAAUCGCACAAUAUACAAAAAAUGGCCAUCCAGAUCGAAUAUACUAGGGAAACUGCACUGGAAUAGGAAUGACAUAGAACACCCCUUCUAUAUGCCUCUUAAUAUAUUUAAAUUAAUUUCUAUUCUCUGAGCUUGCCUUCCGAAAAUAAAAUUCCGUAAUUUGGGAGAAUAAUAUAUAGAAACUUUCGUGGAGAAUUGACGAUGUAGAAAGCCAUUUUGAAAGAGUAAGUAGAAAAUCAUGGUUAUACCAAAAUCUGUCCUUUGGCUACUUCGAUAAACUUCCGCCAUUUCAUCUCCAGUCGCCCUAACACCAAAAAUCACUUCCUUGAAGAGUUCAUCUUGCAUCCGACAAAGCAGUUCCUUGUAUUUCACUUAUAUUAUUUAGUUUCGCGUCAAUUUUCAUUUUAGGGUUUAUUUUUUUUCAUGGACUCUUUCAAUUUCUCUAUCCAGUCUUGAAUUGUUGACUGUACGUUUGGGAUAUCAACAUAGUUCUGUUGAAUGUAUAUUCCUGAAAUUGUUCCAACAAGUAAUCCAGCUAUUAGUCUCUUGUUUAGAUGAGAAAAGAUUACACCAGCGGCAAAUCCUUUCAGUAUUGGUAAAUCUAAAGGGUUUUUCUUCUCUCGAGAACCGUCGUCCGCCAUGUUGGAAUUGCUUUAGUUCCCAGUCUUCUCUCGAGACAUGUUGACGUCAUCGAAUCGUCAAAAAUGCCAAUUUUGACGAUGAGAUUUGACGGACUGUGGUAUAUAACAUGUAAGACUAGAGGACAAUCACAACAACGAUCAUAAAUUUGUUUUUUACCCCCCAAAAUUAUUCUUCAAUUAUAUAGAUAACAAUCCCAGAAAAAAGGACAAUCUUGCAACCACGGUCUUUACUAUUAUUUACCACAGCUCUUCUUGACCAAUCAGAGACUGAGAAAAUUUACUAUUGUGAUGAAAAUAUUCCCAUUCCUCCAGUCUGUUCUCUAUAGAGCUGCUCUCAUCAUUCAGUUACUACCAGAACACUUUUUUGGAGAAACAAUGCCACAUCACCUUGAGUUGGAUAAAAGUGAAAGUUCAGCAUUCUACUUACAUGGGCUUGAUGUGGAAGUAACCUACAUGUAAGUACAUGCCCAUUCGUGGUAGGCUAAUAAAAAAAAUGUUCAGUGUCAUUUUCGGAACUGGCAUGCAGCCCAUGAAUCUAUUUAUUACUAAAAGAAUGUUAUUUCAAAUUUCAACUAUAACUUGUAUUGAACACAGGUUGCAGCAUAUAUAUGAAGCACAAUAAUGAAAUUACUAAAAAUCUGAUAUGAUAAAGAUGA